AUGAGUAUUCAGUUAUACUCAAAGAUCAAUCUAAUUUAUUUGGAUUCUUAUGUAGUUUUACAACCAGAUUUACAUAAAUAUGUAUCACCAAAAUCAAUAUUUAUUGAUAGAACCACUUUGAAAAUCGAACAAAAAUUAUAUGAAAAUUCAAUUUUUUCAGGACCAAUUAGAUCCAGCACCACAAUAUAUGGAUGUUUAGGUAUUAUCAAUUUAUUAUCAGGGCCAUAUUUAUUAUGUAUUACAGAGUUUGAAAGAGUAGGUUCAAUUCGUGAUAAUCAAGUAAUUAAUAGAGUAACCAAACAUUUAAUAGUACCAGUAGCACGUAUACCUAUUGUUUUAAAUGAAGAAGAGAAAAAAGAAGAAAAAAAUUAUUUAACAUUAUUAAAUGACUUAUUGGAAUCAUGUGAUUUAUACUAUUCAUAUAAUUUUGAUGUCACACAGUCAGAACAAAGAGCAAGUAAAAUCGAGUCUAAUCCAAUUUUAAUGGGACAACCACUAUGGAAGCGUUCAGAUAGAAGAUUCUUUUGGAAUUAUCAUUUACAACAAAUAUUUAUAGAAAAUUCAUUUGAUUCAUUUAUAGUACCCGUUAUGGAUGGUUUUAUAAAGAUUAUCGAUUGCGAGAUUAAUUCAAAUCAAUUCAAAUAUAUAUUUAUCUCUAGAAGAAGUUGUAAAAGAACAGGUGCUCGUUAUCAUAUACGUGGUUCAGAUCCAUUGGGCAAUGUUGCAAACUUUGUAGAAACUGAACAAAUUGUAGUUUUCGAUCAAGUAUUAACUAGUUUUGUUCAAGUUAGAGGCUCAAUACCAUUAAUUUGGCAACAAAAAGGAAAGGGAUUAAAGCCAAAACCAGUUGUAGAUAAUAAUAUUAUGACAGAUGAUGCCUUCCAAGCUCAUAUGAACGAGUUAAUUCACUUAUAUGGCCCACAAGUUAUAGUAUCUUUAAUCGAUCAAAUAGGUGGUGAAUCUGCUAUUGGUGAUGCCUUCGAAUCAGAGACCAACCUUUUAUACCCAGAAGAGACAGUCCGUUAUUAUGCAUUCGAUUUUCACGAAAAAUGUAAAAACAAUCGUUAUGACAAGCUUUCCGAACUUUUAGAUCAAGUAAAACCCUAUUUAGAUCAGUAUGGCCAUCUCUUUAAAAGUACUGUAGGAGAACCAACUCUCUUGCAAACUGGUUCUUUUAGAACUAAUUGUAUCGAUUGUUUGGAUCGUACCAAUGUUGUUCAAAGUGUAUUUGCUCACUAUAUACUACAUAGUCAAUUAACUCGUAUGGGUAUCAUUAGCCAUUCAGAACGUAUCGAGAAUCAUACCGCUUUCGAAAUGCAAUUCAAGAACAUUUGGGCUGAUAAUGCCGACGUAAUGAGCGAGCAAUAUACUGGUACCGUUGCUUUAAAAACCGAUUUCACUCGUACUGGUAAACGUUCCGUUAAAGGUACUAUGACUGAUGGAAUGAACUCUGUAAGAAGAUAUAUAAACAAGAAUUUCAAAGAUGAUGAAAAACAAUCUGCUAUUGAUUUGUUUUUAGGAAAAUAUGUUGUCGAAAAACUAUCAAAUGAAGCUCAUAAUCCAAAUUCAUUGGCAGAAAGUUCUUCAAUUGAUAUUGAAUACAGUGCAAGUAUUUUAUCAGAUCCAAAUGAUCCUUCAUCUCGUGGUUUCCCAGCUGUAGUUAGAAUUAACCAAUCUCAUAACUCGAUCACAUCUUGGCUCAAAGGCUCAGGUCGUCGUAAAGAUUACUAUUUCUCCUCAAUUUAUUUAAUUGAGAAGAGUAAAUUAAAUCAUCGUCAACUUAAUCUUUAUUAUGUUGAAAACCCUUCACCAGAAUGCUUCCAAUUCACAUCCUCACUUCAAAGAGAACAGUUCCUUCAAGAGCUCUAUAAACAAAGUUUCACCAAACAGUUUUUACCACAAAUGAAUCAUUCAUCAUCUGAUGAAAAGAGUAAUAUAUUAAAUCAAAAAAUUAAUAGUAUAACAAACGAUAUAUUUUCAAAUUCAUCAACCUCUUCAUUAAACUCAUUAAGUAAUGAAUUUACAUCAUUAAAUAAUAGUAAUGUUAGUAAUAAUGAUGAUAAUAGCAGCAACAAUGACCCUAUUGUUUUAUCACCAACAAGCGAUGAUAGUUUUGUUUUAUCACCAAAAAUACCAAUUAAACGUAAACUAUUAGAUAUAUUCAACUCUUAUAUUGGUUCAUGGAAUAUGGAAAAUAUAAACAUCAAUAGUGAUUUCUUAGAUGAAUGGUUACCAAAAGAUAAAGACCUCUACUCAAUUUCAGCUCAAAGAAUUUCAGCAGACCGUAAAUCUCCAGGAUUAGUUAUGAACUAUCGUCAAUAUUGGUUUUAUUUAAUUCGUAAAUACUUGGGUACUGAGUAUAUCACUGUUGCCACCGCCAUCUCUGAUAAUACUGCCUCAAUAGUUUUAGUAAGAAAAUCAUUGGCCAAUUGUGUAAACAAUAUUUCAGUUAGUUAUUUACAAAAAAGACUUCCACACAAAAAACAACUUUCAAGCUCUGGUUUACCAACAGCAACAACAACUUACCUAUCUAAUAGUAAUGGUUCAUCUCCAGCUGGUACCUCACCACCAUUACCAUCAGCUGCUCCACCAAUGGUACCACAAAGAGAUCUUAGUGGUAGUGGCAGUAAUAGUGGUAGCAGCAGUGGCAGUGGUAAUUUAGUAAACUUUUUCUUUGGUUCUAAAAAAUUAAAAGAAAUGAGUUCUAAAAUCAUUGAACAAAGUCAAAAAUCCACCGAAGUAUUAUUUAAAGAUAAAUAUAAGGAUGUUCAAUUUGGUACAACUAUCAGCUUACAAAUUAGAGAAACAAGUUUAAUGUUUAUUAAUUUCUGUAAUAACAAUGUUAGUCAAAGUGCCAAUCCAGAGUUAGCAGCAGAGGCAGAGGCAGCAUUAAUUACCUAUAUUAAAAACAAACAAUAUAUAAAUGGUUCAUCAAGAUAUGUAUUUUGGGCAGGUGAUUAUGAUCAAGUCACAUUAAACAAAGAUGGUUGGAAUCCACUCUCUCAACAAUCUGGUCUUUCAAAUACCGAACCACUCAGAGGUGUAGCUUAUUGGAAGUCUCAAUUGGAUCCUGACACAAUCUUCGAAAUGCCCCCACCAACUGGUGAUGAUAGAGUAGCAUCAACAAUGGUAAAAUCACCACUUUCAGAGGCAUGUUUAUUCCAACCAAUAUCAUGUUCUUUUAGUUUACCAAUUUUAUCACCAUACACUUGGUUAUCAACAAUAGAUAUUCCUUCAUUUAUUAUUAUACGUCAUUUAAAGACAGAGCAGGUCGAACUUAUUCAGCCAGGUACUAAAGCUGAUGCCUAUCUUGAAAUGGAUGCUUUUCAUAUUAUUUCUGACGAAUUUACAAGUCUUAAAACAUCAACCAUUCGUUCAUCAACACCAAUGUGGACCGAUACAAUGGAGCUAAAAUCAUUUAUUGAUGAUAAGGAAUACCUAAAAACCCAAUUUAUUCAAGUUGCCCUUGUUGGUAAAGAACUAAUGGAUAUUUCGCUAAUUGGUAAAGGUAUUAUUCCAUUAAAAGAUGCAUGUGGUGAUCGUCCACAUCAUUUUAGAAUUCAACUUACUUUAGAGGAUGAAUUUAGUUGCUUCUUAACUGGAGAUAUUCAGGUAUUUAGUAAAUCAGAAAUUAAUAAAUUUAUCCAAGAGAAUGAAGAAAAAAAACAAAGACAACAACAACAACAAUCUUUACAACAGCCACCUCCACAAGUACCAUCAAGAUCAAAUAGAGGUAAUCCAACAGCUCCAUUACCAAUUUCAACCGUUCCAAGUCAAAACUAUGUUCUCUCGCAGCCAACUAGAGCAGCCCCACCAAUUCCAGCUCAACAAGACUCACCAAAUAAUAAAUCUCCAAUACUUCAAUUUAAACCACCUUCAUUUUUAUCACAACCACAAAAUAUAUCAUUAAAUGGAACUUCACCACCAAAUUCAUUAUCCCCAUUACAACAACCAUCAAGACCAGCACCACAACCACCCCAACAACAAAUUGAAAAUAAUUUAAAUAGUUUAUCAUUAAAUAGCAACAUCAAUAAUAGUGGUGUGGAUGGAUCUCUUAAUUCUCCAAACCUUUUAUCAUCACCAGCCACUGCAAAUGUAAAUGAAAAUAGUACUAUGGGUAGCAAUGAUACAAAUAGUAAUGAACAAUCAAUGACACCAUCAAAACAAAUUUUAAAUACAUUCACUAAAUUUGGCUCAAUAGUUGAUGAUUUUGUUGGAGAUAUCAAAAACUCAAGUGAACAAUUAAUAAAAACAAUAAAUCAAACUGUAGCGCCAGUUAUUACUUCAUCAAGUGACCAAAAUCAAGAAAAUAGCCAAAACGAAGAAACCUUAAACCAAGAAGAAAAAGAUAAAAUAUUAAAUGAAGUAAACAACAAUAAUGAAAAUUUUAUUAACAACAAUACUGAUAGCACUGAAAAUGUUUUAUAA